CCGAGCAUAAAAGAGGAGGCAGGCUCUGUGCAGCCAAACGUUUUGGGCACUCAUCCGUCAGCCCGUCUAUGACCACGCUCUCUGAACGUCAUUUCUCCUAGGUCUUCGCCUUCACCCUCUACUUAAGUAGCCACCAUCCCAGCCAGUCUAGCAACAUGUCAUCAUCUUUCCCACUAGAGGCCUUCACCGGGUACACGUCGCAGACGGUGGCCUUCAGCGUCACGUCCCACGCAACCAUCAAUGCCGACGUCGUGUAUCCUGAGAAGUCGGAUGGGUCUCCCGCCGUCGUCCUGUUGCACUAUCAUGGCGGCUUCCUCAUCGUUGGAGACCGCUAUACAUUCUUGCCAUACUGGCUCGUACACGCCUGCGCCUCAAGAGGAUGGGUCUUUGUCACCCCUGACUACCGCUUGAUGCCCGAAUCCACCGCACAUGACGCUAUCGACGAUGCCGCGAAGGUCUACCAAUGGGUCUACUCGUCGCUUCCAGAAAAGCUGGGACGCCCCAUCCGCUCAGUUCUGUUGGCCGGAUCGAGCGCCGGGGCGUACUUGGCUCUCAACACAGCCGUGUCGGCUGUCAAGAAGCCCGACGCUCUGCUGCUCAUCUACGGGAUGCUUAAUCCUUCUGGGGCUCGGUACACAACUCCCGGCAUGAAUAUCAUGGGGCAACCACUCGUCGAGACUGGACCUAUCUUGGAAGCAUGGCCGAUGAGCGAGGCCGGAAGCGGCGAAAAGAAGCCUGUCUCAGCGUACCCAAUCACCAAUCCGGCUACUGACCCGAGGUUUGCUCUUAUCUCGGCACUGCACAUCGAUGCCCUAUUUCCUGACUAUAUGACUGGUGUCCCUGGCCUUGCUCGCCAGAUUGCUGCCCAAGGGGUUACAGCAAUUCCGACAGAACACAUGCGUUUGUUUCCGCUCGACUUUGGUAACCUGGCCGGCCUCCCACCGGUCAUGUUACUUCAUGGCGUGGAUGACACAGCUGUGCCACUUGACUGUAGUACUGCAGCCGCUGAGAAGUUGAAAGCAUCUGGAGUAAACAUCUUGACAGAAUUCCCAAGUGAAGCGCAGCACGGUUUCGACGCGAGGGCAGGUGUCGUUGACAUUGAGACCUCGAAUCCUGAUGGGGUGGCUGCUGUAGAGUCUCUCCGGAAAGCGAUCAGUUUUCUUGAACAAUCUGUGGCAAAGUAGAGGCACCUUCAUAGCACCGGUCCGGUUGGAUAACAUGUCACGACCUAUGUACCCUGUCUUCUAUCGUUUCUUCUUUAGGCAGACCUCCUCAUAAAAUAUAGCUAAAGCCGAGAUAGUUGCGGUAUAUA